AUGCAUAUGUCAACAGGUAACGGAACCCAAUCUAGUGCCAGUUGGACGCCCCUACUGCUGGUAAUAUGUCUAACCACCACUCUGGGCAACACGGUGCCUUUGGGGUAUUUUCUCGGCGUUUUGAAUGCUCCUGCAGAUCUAAUCAAAAAUUGGUGCCAGGACCUUUUGGCCAACGAAUAUGACACACCCCUCAGCGGCAGUCAACUGGACGUGUUGUGGGCAUGCAUUGUAUCAAUUUUUCUUCUUGGCGGCAUAUGCGGUUCGUGCUUUAGUGCCUGGUGUAGUGACAAAUAUGGUCGAAGAGGCACAUUGGUUAUCAGCAGCAUUUUGUUCAUUUUGGCAAGCAUUCUGUUCCUUUUUUGUCGGGACACUAGAUCACUGGAAAUGCUUUUGUCAGCGCGAUUCCUUGGCGGCAUCGCCUCGGCCUUUGUUCUGACUGUCCAUCCGAUGUAUCUCCUUGAACUGGCGCCGAUUGCGCUCGCUGGAACUGUGGGUGUCUUCACCUGCAUUGGCAUUACGGGUGGCAUAUUGGUGGCUCAAAUUGUUACUUUACCACAACUUCUGGGAACUGAGGAGUUUUGGCAUUAUGCCCUCAGUUUCUAUGCGCUGCUCGUUUUUGUCUGUCUGAUACCCAUGUGGUGGUUUCCGGAAAGCCCGCGCUGGCUCUGCGUUGUGAGACAGGAAACUUUUGCUGCUGAGGACGCAUUACGUAGACUGCGAGGGGAGAAGGGAUUAUGGAGCGUUCCGAGAGAGAUGCACGAGAUGGAAGUCACUGAGGUCAGAAAGGGCACUUGGUGUAGUGUGCUGCGCGAUAGGAAUCUUUGGCUGCCGGUGCUCCUGGUGGCUUCAUAUCAGGCUUCUCUACAGCUGUGCGGGAUCAAUGCUAUCUUCUACUACUCCAUGUCUCUAUUUACCGAUGCCGGCUUUUCUGCGGAUAUGGCCGUUUGGCUCAAUCUAGGUCUGGGUGGUUUCAAUGUCUUGGCAUCGCUGCUGUGCACACUGCUGGUUUUCCAUUUUCCCCGCCGUCCCCUAAUGCUGAUAUCCUGCUCCGGCUGUGCACUUACUCUGUUGGCCAUGUCCUUCGGACUCUACUAUAUGGACACUGUGCAGUGGCUGUCGUAUGCCUGCAUCGCCUUUAUGUUGAUGUUUAUUCUAGCUUUUCAGAUGGGCUUGGGACCCAUUACCUAUUUUAUGGGCUCUGAGCUAUUCGAGGUCUCACCGCGGCCCGUGGCCAUGUCUAUAGGCAGCCUCUUCUCUUGGAUUGGCAACUUCCUCAUCGGAAUGUGUUUCCCACUUCUGCAAAGUGUGUGGAGUUCGUUUGCCUUCUUGCCCUGCAUGUGUGUUUGCAUUUAUUGCGUACUCCUGACCUGGCGUUAUUUGCCGGAAACCCGGGGUCGCACAGCAUCCGAUGUUAAACAUCUGAUGAACCAGGGACUGCGAUCCCGCAUUAAUUAG